CUUCAAGCCCGUGAUCCCGUUUGGUCAUCAACAUGGCCACGGAGCAUCGGUCGUCUUUGCUCCCACCAGCCCAGCCUAGCUAUAUUUUCCGUGGACACACUGCGCACAUUCACAGCGUGCAGAUUGUGCACCAGAACACUCGCCUUCUGACCGGUGAUGCGGAUGGCUGGAUCGUAUACUGGAAAUUUGAGUCCAAGAGACCUGUGGCUGUGUGGAGAGCCCACGAUGCAGCGAUCCUCGGGACUGCAGAGUGGGGGUGCGAUAAAGUCAUAACCCACGGUCGUGACAAUGCACUCAGAAUCUGGCAACUCCGCGCCACAGACGAGCCCAAUCUGUCCAGUGUUCUACCUGCAGAUCGGUCAACUGUGCACAGACCCAAGCCAUGGUUGCUGCAUUCGCUGCCUGUGAACACUCUAAACUUCUGCGCAUUCUCCAUGUGCCAUAAACGACCUGCAGAUGCAUCUUCUGCUAGGUCAAGCGACACAAUCCUUGUGGCCGUGCCAGCCCGAGAUGACAGAAAAAUUGAAGUCUAUCAGUUUCCAGACGAGAAACUGGCGUCCGUCGUGCCACGAGUGCAGCCGCAAGAUACUGGCAUGGUUAUGACCGUCAAGAUCACACACCACAAAACUUCCAAGAGAGUCAUGGUAAUCGCCGGAUACGAGGGAGGUUUUACAGCUGUGCAUCUUCUCGGCCUCAACUCCCAAUCCAGACCCCAGGCAACAAGACCGAGCGGACCUACACUCGCUCAGACCAUCUACCUUAGCCAACCCCACAACCAACCGGUAUUGUCACUUGAUGCUUCACCGGAUGCCAAGACAUACUUCACUUCUUCUGCCGACGCCGUCGUUACUGCACAUCGGUUGCCGGAGCUACCCCUUAAUAUCGACCACGAAGAGUCUACCUCGAAUGUUGCUGAUGCACUAAAUCCUGCAUUAAGCAUCCCAAUAGUUGUGGAACCCCCUUCAUUACAACCCCCUCUGAGUACCGCCAAGCAGGCGGCCCCGCCUGCCAAAGCUGCACACCAAACACGACAACGAAACUGGUCCCAAUUCUCCAUACCAUCAUCAUCGACUCUUGAAACAUCUUCUCAAGUUCCAGCAUCUUCGGACCUCGCAGAGCCUACAGAAGAAUCCCCAGCCAACUCAGCUAGCCUUGUAACCCUUCCCAAGAAGUCUAUCAACACAUCAUCAUCAACAACGCCUUCACCUCUCACCUUUCCCAAGCAAACCCAAAACUCGACAUCUUCAUCGUAUUCCCAAGGCACCGGCGCGAAGGCCUCAGGACUAUCGUCCCUGCUCUCGUCUGCUCCACCGCAAUCCAAGGCCAAACCAGUUGCCCCAACGGUGUCAAGCCUCACUAUACAAACGCCGUUCAAGACAGUCCAAACCAAGCAUGCGGGCCAGCAAUCGCUACGUGUUCGCUCCGACGGCCGACUCCUUGUAACAGGAGGUUGGGACAGCCGCAUACGAAUCUACAGCACGAAGACGCUCACAGAGGUAGCCGUCUUGAAGUGGCAUAAGGAAGGCGUCUAUGCGGCUGGCUUUAGCGAGAUUCUCGACUCUUUUUCGCUCGCCAAGGCCGAUCAAGCAAGCCAGGACGAUGAUGAGAAAUCCACCAAAGACGCAAGCUCUCAAAGUGCAGAGCUCACCAGACAAGACGUCAGAGUUAGUGGGCUAGGAAAGCUACAGCGUCAAAGGGAGGAGCAAAUGCAGAUGAAGCAUUGGGUUGUUGCUGGCGCGAAGGAUGGGAAGGUGAGUUUGUGGGAGGUCUAUUGAGAGUGUUACAGGAUAGGUCCCGGUCCUUUCUCCACAAAGGACUAGAAAUAAAGGUGCAACAGCUAGAAGGCGUCUCAUUUGCGGGGCUGAGACCCAAAAGCACGAUCACAAUUUGCACACCAGCGUAGUGCGUGGUUUCAU